UAGAGCAGCUCCAGCCUCUCUUACUGCUCUGUGCCUCGCGGGACACUGAGCAGGGAGCUAAUUUCUUAGUUUAAUCUGUUUUUAGCUCCUAUAUUAUAAGGAUUCCUGCCUUCAUGCUGAAAAAAGUAAACAAACAGUGCUGAUGAUACCAGCACUGCUGGAAUUUUCCCUGUAGUUUUUAUUUUUUACAACUUGAGGGCAUUUUUAUUUCCAGAGUUUUUGCGUCUGUUGACAGCAAGUUGCUUUUAGUUCUUCUACAAGUAUAAUCACUGGAUUUCAUCUCUAUUGUUCUCUAAUAGUUUUUCCCACUCUCAGGAUGUUGUUGUUGGUGUGUUUUUCCUGUUAAAGAACAGGUUGUUUUUUAGGUGUAUGCUAGAUGUGAGCAGACAAAGCUGACGUGAAGAUCCAACAUUCUUCUACUUUAUCAUCUGAUUUUUUGUUUUUUUCCUACUGAGGAGGGCGCUGGGUUGGUGGAUUUAUUUUUCCCUCUCUGGAUGUGACACUUUGAACCAUGUGGCUUCUGCCUCUCCUGCUGCUGCUCUGCCUGCAAACUUCACUGCAACAACAGACUGUUCCCCCUGGUCGCUGUGAUAUUGCACAGAGGAUAGAUGCCUACAGCAUCUGCACAUCCUGUGCUGCUGUCACCACCAGCAGCUGCCCACAUGGCUUCAGCAAGGUUCGCACCACCAACUGCAGUUAUGUGGUGCAUAUUGGCAGCAGACCUCUCGAGCUGCCUGGAUGUCGGCAUGAAUGUGCAAAGAGUUUCAUGCAGCCUGUAUGCUGUCAAGACCACUGGGGACCCCUAUGUCUACCUUGUCCCAGCUGGUCAGGAAAAACAUGCAACUUUCAUGGAACCUGUCAGGGUGGAGACAUCGGCAACGGGACCUGCAUCUGUGAUGAUGGCUUUUCAGGUUUUGCAUGCCAAGAGUGUAAGAAUCCAAAUGCUUAUGGGGAAAACUGUGAUAAAGUGUGUGACUGUGUGAAUGGAGUAUGUAAUAAAGGUCCAGAUGGUGAUGGACAGUGUUUGUGUCAGCCGCCAUACAGUGGGACACGCUGUGAGUCAGUGAGUAACAGUUGCAAUAACUGCAGCCCAUACUCGUACUGUAAAGGAGUGGGAGACAGCGCCUACUGCGAAUGCUUGCCUGGACACAGGAGAACACCACAGGGAAGAUGUACAAGCAUCUGCUCAGGGAGAGACUGUGAUGUCAACGCCCAGUGCUCUGCUCAGGGGUCUAAAGUCAGCUGUGCCUGUAAUCCAGACUACCAGGGUGACGGAAAGGUCUGUGUACCCAAAAACCCCUGCUCUGAGAACAACGGAGGAUGUCCCAUCAACUCUACCAUCUGUGUCUUUAAAGGACCCAACAAGUCCAGCUGCGAGUGCAUGUCUGGCAUGUCUCCUAUAGGUGGCAGUGCUCAGUUUGGUUGUCAGCUGGUGGAUGCCUGCAUAGUAAACCCCUGUGACCUCUCAGCUGUCUGCCAAACGGGACUGGAUGGAAAACCUAGGUGUGUGUGUGAUCCAGUUCAGAUUGGUGAUGGCCGACGUUGUUUUGAUAACCUGGCGGAUCGGCUGAUCGAGCUGAAUACCAGAGGAAAAUGGACAGGAAGUCUGGGUGGAGCUUUAUCUCUGUUUUCAGGGCAAGACUGUUCACUGCUGCUGCGUCACAACGGACCACUCACUGUUUUCCUCCCGAUACUGAAAACACCUCUCACGGGUGUUACCGAAGGGCAGGUGUGUACAAACCACAUCAUUCUAGGGCAGCACCUCUAUAGAGAUCUGGAGGGACAAGACUUCAAUUUGUAUGGAGGAGCCAGGCUCAGGAGCAAAGGCAACAAGAAGUUCAUCCUGAUGGAAGAUCCCAGCAAAGUUUACACCAUUAUCCAAGAAGACCUGCCAGCAGCCAAUGGUGUCAUUCACAUCAUCGACCAGCCAAUAACUAACACUCCUGAUAGGCCUGCUCGUGAUGAACAGUUUGCUGAUAAGACCAUUGGGGAAAUUCUGACCAAGGAUGACAGAUACAACCGCUUCCUGUCCCUCGUUGAUAACUGUGGAGCUCCCCCUCCACUGCGAGGUCCAGGACCUCUGACUGUGUUCAUCCCCACUAACGAGGCAGUGGACCAAGCCAGAGACGGCAGCAUCUUGUACAUGCUACAUGAUGCCAAACAUAAACUUCAGGAACUCCUUAGACACCACGUUUUCAACCAGGCUAUGCUGACAGUGGAGGAGUUGGCUGCUGUCCCUCAGAUUCAGACAAUGGCAAAUCAGAUUGUCUCCAUCACUGUGUCCGAUAAUGGUGAAAUCCUAUUGGGGGAGAAGGGUGUCCAUCUGAAGAGCACCAACAUUAUAGCAUCCAACGGUAUCAUCCACAUGAUUGACGGUUUGCUUUACCCGCCCUCUAUCCUUCCCAUCCUGCCUCACCGCUGUGACGUUAUCGAGAAGAAGAUCCUUGUGGGUCAGUGUGAUCACUGUGGGUUCUUCCGUGAGAUUCCGUGUCCAGAAGGCAGCACAGAAAUGGAAACCUAUUUGACUGGCUGUGAAUAUCACGAGAGUCCUGUCAGCAUGUUUCUCAGACAAGGCUGCGCCAAAUACUGCAACGCCACCAAACUGGUACCAGAGUGCUGUAGAGGUUUCUAUGGUCCAGAUUGUAAACCCUGUAUUGGAGGAUUUCAGCAUCCCUGCUAUGAUAAAGGAACAUGCUUUGAUGGUAUCCAAGGUAAUGGCUCAUGCAGCUGUCAGCCAGGCUUUGAGGGGAUCGCCUGUCACAUCUGCUCUGAUCCCAGAAAGUUUGGAGACAAGUGUGACGAAGAUUGCCACUGUGUCCACGGUGAGUGUGAUAACCGUCCAGGCAGCAGUGGAGCAUGUCGGCGAGGAUCCUGUAAGGAGGGCUACUCUGGGGAGAACUGUGACAAGACAGCAACACCCUGCAAUGCAGACGGACUGUAUGAACACUGUCACAUCAAUGCAUACUGUGUGCAAAGAGGACUUAAUACCAUGUGUUUGUGCACGGAUGGAUAUGAUGGUGAUGGUCACUCCUGUUUACCCAUUGACCCCUGCCUGAAGAGCGACCGAGGAGGCUGUGAUACCAACGCACAGUGUGUGUAUGUGGGUCCAGGGAAUGCAUCGUGUUUAUGCAUGGAGGGUUGGUCAGGUGAUGGUAAAAUCUGCAUGGAGAUUAAUAACUGUCAGCUGGAGAGUCGAGGAGGCUGCAGUCCCAACGCCAUCUGUAAUCACAUCGGACCUGGGCAGAGCGAGUGCGUAUGCAAACUAGGUUACAUGGGGAAUGGUAUUGUGUGUGACCUCAUUGAUCCCUGCCUCCAGAGUAACGGAGGCUGCCAUGAAUUGGCAAAAUGUGAGAAGGGGAACGGAACGCACACUUGUAUCUGUCCAGAUGGCUACAUUGGAGACGGAAUCGUCUGCUAUGGAUCAAUAACGGAUGAGCUGGACAUGAACAUGAAGCUGUACUUUUUCAACCGCCUAAUUCAGGAAAAUCUAAAAUCUCACAACCCGAUGGACCUGAGUGGAAACAUCACAGCUUUGAUUCCGUCCAGAGAAGCUAUGAGAAACAUGACUUCAGCUCAGGACUUUUUCUGGACAAACAGACACCAUCUCCCUUACUUCCUAGGAGCCCACUUUCUGCAGGGAGUCUACUCUGUGGGAGAUCUGGACGGACUGGUGGGCAGAAAGCUUCCCACCCUUAACUCCCCUACACAUUGGGAGAUCAGCAACAGGAGUGGAGUAAUCUACAUUGGAAAUGCCUCCAUCAUUACCCACAACCUGCCUGCAGUCAAUGGCUACAUCCAUGUCAUAGACAAAGUUCUUGCUCCACCAAUCUCAGACAUCCCCCCUGAUCCCCCUAGCCUGAUGGAGUUCCUGAACACCACGUCCAACUUCACUCUCUUCAGACAGUAUGCUGAGAUUUAUAAUCUGUCAAUGGAUAUAAAAGAUGUUGGGUUCACCGUCCUGCUGCCUACAGAUGAUGCCAUCAGGCAGCACCUCAAUAGGACCAACUCAUCUACUCUGGACCCUGAUGUGUUUAAGUAUCAUGUGGUUUUAAGGGAGCUGCUCUUCCCUGAACAUGUGGCUGAUGGCACUAUAAAAGGCACUCUGCUUGGCUCUGACUAUGAGGUCCAGUUUCGCAUUAAUGACAACAACCAGACCAUCUUAAACGAUGUUCCUCUUGACGGCAGUCACAUUAACAUGCAGGAUGGUGUCGUCAUAGUCAUCCCUCAAGUCCUUAAAGUCGUACACAACAGAUGUGGCAAAGAGGUCAUCCUAAAAAUCAAUGGAAGAUGUACAGACUGUGCAGGACUGCCUCGAUGCACAUACGGCUACAAACCAAUUAAACAACAGUUUCCAGCCAACAUGAAACCUACCUGCAAAUACAGGAAGCGAAUUGGAUCUAGGAGGAAGUCUGUGCCUGGCUGUUCAAUGAAGUGUUAUAAGACAACCACGGAUCACUCCUGUUGCCCUGGAUACUACGGUCAUGAGUGUUACAAAUGUCCCGGAGACGUCGGCAACUGGUGCUCCAAUCACGGGACGUGUCUGGACGGUACCUUUGGCAAUGGGGAGUGCCGAUGUUACGAAGGUUUCCAUGGCACAGCAUGUGAGGACUGUGAGCCAGGACGAUACGGAGUCAACUGCACCUCCAAGUGUGCAUGUGCCCAUGGGAAGUGUGAUGAUGGUUUGGCAGGAAGUGGAAAGUGUAUGUGUUAUAAAGGCUGGAAAGGAGCCUCCUGCUCUGUUGAGAUCAAGGAUGAUGCCUGUAAAGGAACAUGUGAUGAGAAUGCUAACUGUAUAACAGGACCAAAGGGUUCAGCGGCCGUAUGUUUGUGCAUGGCAGGAUAUGAAGGCAAUGGAACCCACUGUAAAGAGGUGGACUUGUGCAGGAGGUCUAACGGGGGAUGCUCAGCAUUUGCUAUCUGCACAAAGGUGUCAGCAGGUGAAAGGACCUGUACCUGUAGAGAGGGGUACACCGGAGACGGGGUCGUCUGCCUGGAGAUAGACGGCUGUCUGGUGAAAAAUGGAGGCUGCCACCACUCUGCUGACUGCAUUAGAGCAGGCCCUAACAUCACAUCCUGCAGGUGUCAGUUUGGCUUCCAGGGAUCAGGACGGUUCUGUUACCCAGUCAAUCCCUGCAGAUUUAACAACGGUGGCUGUAGUCAGUAUGCUCGCUGUGUAUAUCUGACCCAGGGUCAAAGGAACUGCACCUGCCACAAUGGGCACAUUGGAGAUGGCUUUAAUUGCCGCGGAUCCACCAACAAUGAGAUCAUAAGGCAACCAGAGAACGGCUACUUUCGUCGAAUGAUGUCUGCGUCCAACACUCGUGCUCUUGUAGGUGACGGACCAUUCACUGUUUUUGUCCCUCAGGAAAAUACCACUCUAGACUCCGCUUUUGAGGAAUGGAAUCGCUAUGGCCGUCUGGAUGAGCUGGUUCGUUACCACAUUGUUUCCUGUGAGACUCUGACCCUGAGUGACCUCAAAACCACCAAGACUGUAGUCUCAACAUCAGGACUACCACUUCGCUUCAGCUUUCACAGCGGUUCAGUCUGGAUCAACAACAGUUCAAGAAUCGUGGAGAGCGAUUACACCACAUCAAACGGAGUCAUCCACCACAUCAGUAAACUGUUGACGCCUUACACAGUGCAAGACAAACCAAACCUCCGCUACACCAGGAUUAACCUCACCUCAGCAGCUCAGGUUUUUGGCUACACUCGCUUCUACAAACUCGUGCAGGAUGCUGGUUUAAUACCUGUCCUUCAGAAUAGCAUUCACCAGCCUUUCACCAUGUUCUGGCCCACAAACCAAGCGCUCGACUCCCUGCCAGCAGAAAGACAGCGCUGGCUCAACAGCCCCGACCACCGGGACCAACUGGCAGCCACAGUGAAGGCUCACAUCGUCCGUAGCUCAAAGUUGCUUGGUAUCAGUCAGCCGAGUAAAUACUCGUGGUAUCGGACCAUGCAUGGAUCCCAAAUCAAGUUCAGCUGUGACAAGACUGUGGUGGGGGAUAUUCUGAUCAAUGAAAAUGCAGCAAAGCUUGUGGAGCGCUUCAUGACCUUCAAAGAGGGUGUGGCUUAUGGCAUCGACCAGUUACUGGAGCUGCCCGGCCUGGGAGCACACUGUGAUGGCAUAGAGAACAGGACCACCAAAGGGCGCUGUGGAACUUGCGGAUACCCUCCAUCCUGCCCCUUCAGACACCAUGACACGGGAAAGAGGGAGAGCUGUGUAAAUCAUGGCACAAGGUUUGGGCGUCGCUACUCAUCACACUGGAAUUUUGACCUGGACGAUCAUUUCAACCGGAUGGGCUGUAGGAGAGUUUGCAACUUUGAGUCCUGGACAAACAAAUGCUGCAAAAACCACUAUGGUCGAGACUGUCAAGUUUGUCCAGGUGGUGUGGAAGCCCCUUGUGGUAAACAUGGAGAUUGUAACGAUGGUAUACAAGGUUCAGGAAGCUGCCGAUGCCACAAAGGCUUCAGAGGAAAAGCCUGUGAUCUGUGUCUCCCACAAUACUACGGCCCCAACUGCACAGCCUGCAAUUGUGUGCGUGGAAGGUGUGAUGAUGGCAUUGAUGGUUCAGGGUGCAUCUGCACUCCAGGCUGGGAGGGUGAUCGUUGCCAGAGAGAAAUAGGUGUUAUCCCAGAGGAGUGCCGGCAGUGCCAUUCAGACGCCGACUGCAUGCCAGGUGUUGGUUGUGUGUGUAAAUCUGGAUUUCAGGGGAAUGGCACCUUCUGCAGCCAAGAGCCACCUCCAGACCUCUGCGCUGAAUAUAACGGCGGCUGUCACCAGAACGCAGACUGUAACCAGACAGGACUGCUCGUCAACUGCACCUGUCGCAGCGGUUACCAAGGAGACGGUUACUCCUGUGAGCCUGUCGACAGGUGUAUUGAAGACAACGGUGGCUGCAGUGAAUUCGCUUCCUGCAAGUUCACUGGUCCAAAUGAGCGAGACUGUGAGUGCUUGCCAGGGUAUGUGGGUAAUGGAGUCCAGUGCUUGGAGAAGGUGGUGCCCCCUGUUGACCGCUGCCUGGAAGACAACGGGGGCUGUGACCCUGUGGCCACGUGCAAGGACCUGCAUUACCAUGCCAACACAGCUGGAGUGUUUCACCUGCGCUCUCCAGAGGGGAAAUACAAGAUGAACUUCAGUCAAGCUGACGCCGCCUGCCAGGCUGAAGGCGCCAUGCUGGCCAACUUCAAACAGAUGGGAGACGCACAGCAGCUGGGGAUGCAUCUGUGUGUGGCUGGCUGGCUGGAGGGAGGUAAAGUGGGAUAUCCUACCACCUUCCCCUCAGUCAGAUGUGGAGGAAACCACAUAGGCGUGGUGCUGUACAAAGACCCUGUGGACCAAAGCAGCAACUACGACGCCUACUGCUACAGGCUCACAGAUGUGUCCUGCACUUGUCCCUCUGGUUAUGUUGGAAAUGGAGACUUCUGUAACGGCGUGCUGACCAGCGUCCUCGCUACGUCCAGCAACUUCUCCAUUUUUUACAAGUUUUUGUUGGACUACAGUGGCUCGUCCAAUUUGGGCAAACAGCUGGUUGACUUUCUGUCUCAAAAGAAGUCUGAGGUCACACUGUUUGUUCCUCAUAACGGCGGCUUUACCCCAAACAAGACUCUGUCAGGUAGAGAUCUUGAGUAUCACAUCUCAGCAGAUAGCAGCAGACGACCAUUUAAGGAUCUGAAACACAACGAAGUCAUCAUAUCCAGGCUUGGGUUUAACCUGACAGUUACCCAUGGCAAAAACGAGAGCGUCAAACUAGUGAACAAGCGGUUGCUGCUGGACUGGGACAUACCUGCUAUAAAUGGGAUCAUCCACGUCAUUGAGGCUCCACUAACAGCACCGCCUCCUUCAAACUCCCAUUUUUCAUCACGAAGCCACACCCACUCCAGUGGAACAUUGUCUGCCAUCGUGGUGUGUCUACUGUUGGCAUGUGUGCUGGCUGUCCUUGGCUACUACGUCUUCAAACACAAGACGGACGCCUUCCGCUUCCACUACUUCAGAAAUGAUGAUGAGGAUGGUGCAGGUGGUAGUAAGAAACCCACACUGGUCUCCAUCCCCAACCCUCUGUACAGCGGCUCCAGAGCCUUCAGCGAGCCAUUUGGGGACGGAGGUCAGGGCGCUGAGUCAGCAGAACCUGAGGAACCUCCAAAGAUCCUGGACCUGGAACAAUAAAUCAAAGAAAACUAAAUGUUUACAAUCAAACCUGGUGCCUUUUUUCAUGAUUUAGAAUUCAACUCAUCUCUUCAUUUGUACCUGAAUGAGAAAUAAAAGUCGUUUGAUUUCUUUAAAUAAAUAA